AUGGGCCGCAAGAAGAUCAAGAUCCAGCCCAUCAAGGAGGACCGCAACCGGUCGGUCACCUAUCUUAAGCGCAAGUCCGGCCUCUUCAAAAAGGCCCAUGAGCUUGCCGUCCUGACUGACGCAGAGGUAGCUGUCAUCGUCUUUGGUCACAACGGCAAGCUGGCCGAGUUCUGCUCUGGCGACAUCGACCAGCUCCUGCUACGGUAUACCGAGUACGAUGGAGUGGCCGAGAGAAAGGGUCCGCAGCACUACUUUGGUAUGGACAAGGACUCGGGAGACGAGGACGGCGGCGACGAGGGAAAUGACGGCAACGACAAGCCGGACAAAUCCGGGCCGAGCGGCGGUACAGGCGGCGACGCUGGGCCAACACAGGACCCCGGUCCAUCGUCCCAGGGCGGUGGCGGGUCAGGCAACGGUCGCGGAGGCAAACGCGGCGGAGGCUCGGGCGGCAGUGGGAGCAGGGCAGGCAGCAAGCGCAAGGCCGACAGCCAGGCCUCUGCAUCGCGAUCCGGACCCGCACCAAAGAAGGAGCUGGCCUCGACAUCAGGAGGCGGCAGCACCGGCAUCAAGGCCGAACAGGAUUCCGAGCCCAACGAAAGCACGUCUGCGGUGGGCAAGAGCGCCCUCAACGCGGCUCUGCGAGAGCGUGGGCGGCAGAAGGAAGCCGCCGGUCUGGGCCUGACGUACGGGUCGGCCGAGGGACCCGCCUCGCACCUUGCAUGCGGUCGGCCGAGUCAGCACCCAGUCGUCUCGGCAGCCGGUGGCCAACCCAGCGGGCUGCCGACGCCGCGGCGCAGCAGCUUCUCGUCGGGUGCUCAGCCUCGGCCCUCGAGCUCCUCGGGUCGGCCCGUGACGGCCAACGCCGCCCUUGCCGCAUCGUAUCCUCCUGAACUGUCGCAGUCGUCGUUGAUGCCGUCGCCAGCGGCCGCGUCGAUGGCAGCACAGCAACAGCAGCAACAGCAGCAGCAGGCGGCAGAAGAGCACUUCCAGCAGCAACGCCAACAGCAGCAGCUCCAUGGGCAGGCGCCGGCAGGCAUGUUUGGAGGCUUUGCACCGAGCCUAGCGCUGCAGCAUCAGGGCCACAAUGAGGCGGUCCAAGCGGCCACUGCAGCCGCGGCCUACGCGGUACGGGGCGCCGCCGCAAGGGGCCUCGAAGUCCAGAUCCCCGGCGCAGAGGGCGGCGCCAUGUCGCAAUCACAGCCGCCGACGCAACCGGCUCCAGAGCUCGUACUUCGACCAUCAUCGACGGGGCAUCAUCGUUCGCACCAUAGCCUCGCCUCGAUGGACUUCACCAGCAUGUCGAGCAGCAACGGCGCCUUUGCCAACGUCAGCGGCCCCUCGCCUGGGCCCCUCCAGAUGGCGAGGCCGUACACGGCAAGCGGCGACUUUGCCGCCGGCCACCUUGCCCCGCCUGGAGCGGUGCAUCAGCUGCAGCAAGCGCAGCCGCAGCCGCAAAACUUUGGGGCCAAUCCAGCAUUCCUUUCCUACUCGGCCUCGCCCGCGCCGUCCAUCCAUGGCUCGUCCGCACCCACGCCGAUUGCAGCAAGCAGCCACGAUGGCAACAACGACCACCAUCAGCAUCAGCAUCAGCAGCAGCAGCAGCAGCAGCAGCAGCAGCAGCAGCAGCGAUCUAAUGCCAUGUUCCUGGAAGACGGCUUAGACAUGUUGCAAGGAUCUGCCGUCACGACCGAGGGCGGCGGCGGUCCCGGGUCGAGCGGCACGAGGCCGCACUUGACGCUCAACGGCCACAGCAUGGGCGGUCAGCUGGUCGGAAGCUCGUCCGGCUCAGCCUUUUCAACGUCUGACAGCGAGAUCUCUCCUGCCAGCGCCGUCCCACCUCAUCACCCGCCGCCGCACGCAACGAGCUUCGACGUCAACUCCGGCCUGCUCACGAUGCCGCUCGAUGCGUCUUCCGCGACGGCGGCGGCCAAGGCGGCAGAGCAGCAUGCCCACGCUUCCCACAAUGCUGCGAUGGCGAUGGCAAUGAACCAGGUGCCGGUCCAUCUCGGUUCUCGCCAUCCCCACCAUCCCUCCCUGGCGCCCGUGCAUGCCGCUUCACGAGGGGCUCCGGCGGCCCCCGUGGCGUACGACGACCCGAUCGCCGUCAACUCGGCCCUGUUUGGGCGGUAG